UGAUGCUAUCGACCUCCUGAAACGGACACAAGACAUGCUAGCAGACUCAAACCUUCGCCUCUUAAAAAUAGCAUCAAAUAAGGUUGAAGUGAUGGACGCAUUCUCACCUCAAGACCGAGCCAAGGAUCUCCAAAAUCUGGACCUGUUCAAGGAUGAACUCCCAGAUCAGCGCAGUCUUGGAGUAAAGUGGAAUAUAAUGGAGGACUAUUUCACUUUUCACAUUCCUCACGCUGAAAAGCCAUACACACGAAGAGGAGUCCUUUCAACUGUGAACAGUGUGUUUGACCCGCUCGGGUUUUUGGCCCCAGUCACCGUUCGAGGACGUCUGCUUCUAAGAGAGUUGUCGCUACAGACAACAGAGUGGGACUCACCUCUCCCAGAGGAUCUGAAAGGCAGAUGGAUAGAAUGGCAACAGUCCCUCCAAUGCCUCAGCAAAGUCAAUGUUCCACGCACUUACACUAAAAUGUCACUGUCACAGGCUAAAUGUGUAGAACUUUGUGUCUUUUCAGAUGCGUCCAUGAAGGCAAUAUGUGCAGUUUCAUACCUCAAGGUCACCACUGGGGAUGGCAAGACAGAGGUUGGGUUUGCCCUAGAGAGUCAACUACUCCAGAACAAUGGCAUUUCGUUACGACCGACCAGAAUCCUGCUGACCACGGCUCACGAUCAGUUCCAGCUGCUGAGUUAGAACACACGACAUGGUUCACAGGUCCAGCGUUUCUCCAGUGCCCUUCAUACAUCCAUCUAGAGCAGACUGAUUACAAAUUGCUGGACCCAGACAACGACGCAGAGGUACGCCCAGAGGU